AUGAUUGCAGACGUUAAUGAGAUUUCGGACAAACUAAAGAGUAAUCUAGAUAAAGCCUAUAUUAUGCAUUACCUAGAUGAGUUAGACAAAAACAAAAUUGAAAAAGAAGUAGAUGUAAACAAAUCCAAAGUCUUAAGCAUAGAAAACGACCUUCGCGAUUUUAAAGAAAGUCUUAACUUCCAAGAAACAACUAUUAUGGAAAAAAUAAAUAAGAUCACGAAGCGUUACGAAAAGGAGAUAAACAACUUAAAUAAGAAGACACUAGAUUUGGAGAAUCGAUCUCGAAGAAACAACCUAAGAUUAGAUGGAAUAUUUGAAAAGCCAAAUGAAAAUUGGAAUGAGUGCGAAAAUGCAGUAAAGGAAAUGUUUAAAAAACAACUAAAAAUUAGUAAUGAAAUUAUCAUAGAAAGAGCUCAUAGAAUAGGCCAACCUAAAGAAGAUAAGAAACCAAGAACGAUUGUCCUAAAGUUAUUAAAUUUUCAAGACAAAACAAAAAUACUUAACGCUACAAAAAACUUGCGAGGAACUGGGAUAUAUGUUAAUGAGGAUUUCGCUAAAGAAACGAUGGAAAGCCGAAGGAUGUUGUGGGAAGAGGUCAAAAAGUUGCGACUUGAAGCUAAGUAUGCAGUUAUAAAGUAUGAUAAAAUUGUUUCUAGAGAAUUUCGAAAGUAA